GAGCCGAGCAGUGUAGAUGCAUGCUAGGGUGGACCAAUUGUUGAUACUACAGUGUAGUAUUUCAUUAGCGAUGUACAUGAUAAAUAAUGCAAACAUAAUGGUGAAUAAAAAUGAACAAGCUAUUGCAAGUUCUUUUUUUUAAUUGUAUCGCUCUAUGGUCCACCCCCACAUAUGCAAAUUUGCAUUCUCACCUGACGUCUUUUCCACCCAUUUUGCUGCACGCAUAUUCAUUUGCUUUGAAGUGCAGUUAGCGUCAUGUCAAAAACAGCUGGGGAGUGAAAUUACUGUUUUUGCCUUUGCAUUUGUCUUUGCACGUUGUUGUUGCAUUUGCCCGUUUGUUGUUGUCAUUAGAAUCGCUGCCAGGAGCAGAAGUCGCGUGUUUUUGCCCAGUGAUUUAUACGUUUUAACUGUUUUUCCAUUACAUUUGCGUGCCCCAGCUGCUGUUCGCUGUUGUUGUUGUUGUUGUUGAUGUGGUGACUGUUGCCUAAUAAAUUGUCUACAAUUGUUCAUUGCACUGCUUCACGUCGUCGUUGUUGUUGUUGUGAACGUUGGCGCAGCUUAGCAUUAUAAUUAGCUUUAACUGCAGUAACUGUUGUUCUGCUGUUGUCUUAAUAACGAGUCGCCAGCUCUGAAAUAUGGCCACAACUAUCCACGGGGUCAUUCCAAAGAAUGAGGGUCGGCUUAUAUAAGGGGGGCAACUCUAUCCGCACCUUAUUAUUCAGCGUAAGUGGUUAUUAAAAACGUUCCAUGUUCUGGCUAAGGGAUGGUUAAACUUCUCCCUAUCUUUGCAUAAUAUAGCACAAUAGCUGUGUCCAACUGAGCGUAUUUUAUAGAUUUUUUUUAUACUCGUUACUCUCAGAGUGAGUAUACCCUACUAGAUUCGUUGAAAAUGAUGUAAGAGGUAGAAGGAACCGUUACUGAAUAAGAAGUACUCUAUAAAGUACAUAUACAUAUGUACAUAUAUAAAGUAUAUUCUUGAUCAGCGACAAUAACCGAGUCUAUCUAGACAUGUCCGUCCGUAUGAACGCCUAGAUCUCAGGAUCUAUAAUUCAAAACAUGUUUUGAUUUUAACGUUAUAUUAUUUGUCGUGCCAAUCAAAAUCAACAUCAACAUUUUGGGGUCUUUUUUUUAUUAAUUGGAAUUAAACAAGUUUACUGCUACCUAUGUGGCACAUUUACCAGGUUUUUGUUUUUCGUUAUUUUUUUUUUAUUAUUAUUUUUUCCCCAAUUUCUUUCGAUGUGCUAGAAAAAUAUUCUAAUUUUUCGCUCGCACAUCCACUGACCGUAUAAGGGGUAUCUGAUAGCCGGGGAAAUUGACUAUAGCGAUCGCUCUUGUUUUUAAUUUAUUAUGAACAUCCAAUUCUUUUCAUUAUUAUUGCAAAAUAAUUUGCUUAUUUGUUUGAGUAAAACGAUUAUUCAAAAUGGACAACACAUUUCAAGUUUAUAUUUCGCUUUAGUUACUUUAAAUAAAUAUCAAUAUAAAUAAAAACGGCAUCAAGGAGUUUUAAAAUUGAGUUGAAUAUUCCGCCUAAAUAUGUUAAAUAGGUUUUAGUUUUGUGAGGCUAUUGAAAUAGUGGCUAUAGCACUUGAUUUUCAAGCAAUUGCCAACCAUUGACACAAAUACAGACUGUAGAUAUACUCAAGGAGAUGGAGCCGCAGAGUGAGGUGAAUCCCAAGCGGGUGGCCGCCUUCUUCCGGAGAAGUAACUUAGGACCCGUGUGCCGGGUGCAGUCCAGCUCGGACAUAGAAUCCUGGCUAGCCUCAAGGGCGUACUUUACACUGAUCACGUACUUGAACGAUGUGAGCGCCGAGAUACAGGGAAUCCGGAACACAGACUUCUUUCCCAUCAGUAAGAACAUCAAGCGACUGAUGACCAUCUUCGACCAGCUGGACUCCAUGAUUGCGACCAAUUCUCCGGCGCCGUUGGUGCCAGGUGCGAGUAUGGAUUCACGGAGCAAGAGCUACAGACGCUGGGCGCACGUCAUGCUAAGGGACAUAUACCAGAUUGUGGAGAAGGCGGUGCCAUCCAGCAAGUGCAGGCACGUCAAUGAGCUGGGCGUGUAUUUAUCGGGCUCCUUUGGCAGCACCGCCAAAAUCGAGUACGGAACCGGGCACGAGCUGAGCUUCCUGUUCUUCAUGUGCGCCCUCUUCAAGACCGAGAUCCUCGAUAAGGAAGAGGACCUGGCCGCCUCGGCUUUGAUUCUAUUCGAUCGCUACCUGCAGUUCGUGCGCCGCCUGCAGGUAACCUAUUCGGUGAACUCGUCCAACUGGCAUGGCGGAUACUCGCUGGAUAAGUUUCAGUUUGUGCCAUUCAUUUGGGGAUUCGCACAGUUGUGCCACGAGGCACCUUUCUCCCCGAAAAAGAUGCUGGACGAGGGCACCGUUGCCAAGUACAGGGGCGCGUACAUGCUGAUCGAUUGUGUGGGCCACAUGGCAACCACCAACAUCGGCACCUUUGCCCGCCACUCCAGCCAGCUGUGGAGUCUGGCCGCCCUGUCCUCGUGGACGAAGAUCCAUCGCAGUCUGAUGUUCAUGUACAUGGAGGACAUCCUUAUGGACGUUGAUAACCUGAAUGCCCUGCGCUUUGGGGAACUGAUGUCCUUCGAGGAGGACAAAUCUGGCCGGCAUCUGGGCAGCGCUCGUAUGGGAGUGAAGUCUCCGCUGCGCCGACAGAUGGCGGAGGAUCAGGACGACCAGGAUCAGGACCAAGACGUUACUUCGAGAAGCGGCACCCCCUCCAUUUCCAGGUCGGAGCAGAACGAAACUGCCAGGAAGAAGGCCAAAGUGGAGGAGCCCUCCAGCGACUGCAUGUCAAACAGUGGCCUCUCCCUGGGCAGCGAAUGCUCAUCUCUCAGCGGCGUGAAUGUCCAUCUGCCCACCUGGUUGGAUGAUUGUACGGCCACCAGCAAAAACGCGUUUGAAAAUUAGCGGUUUUGUGAUUGGUACAAUAUCUAAAUAUUCAAAAUCAAUCGCUCUAUCACAGUCAAUUGUUCGUUUGCAAAGUAUAUGUUUGUCAAUAACUAUAAGUACAUUUAUCCAAUAGUAAACAAUGAUGGCAAAUACUA